AUGUCGCAGUAUAAUAUCGCCUCGAAUAUGUCUAGCUUAUCGCUAGAUCCAUCAGUCGGCACUCCAACAACCAAAAAGCAUAAGAGGCCAACAAGAGCCUUCCAUAACUUUGGCUUGCCUGGAAGUGCUGCUGAAUCCCCAACAGCAACCCCAACUUUGAACCAUCAAGAAUCAUUUACUGGGACACCUCAAAUCGGUACUUUUGCUCCAAGACAUUUUAGUGUUUCAGAAACAGUCGCUGGGGCCACAGAUCAAUAUACAGUAUCAUCACCAUAUUUGGCUUCGAACCCAGAGUUGAGUCCUCCUAAUGCUACCUCCCAUUUUGUUCCUAUGCAAAGAUUAGAAGAACAAAUCAAGUAUCUUUCAUGUGUUUUCGAAACAACAAAAAAUUCCGUCCCACCUUUACCUACUACCCAAUUCUACUGCGCCGAUCAAGGCUCCUGUGACCCGCGUCUAAUGAAUCUAUCUAUGUAUAAUAUACCGGAAGAUAAUCAUUUAAGAUCAGCUACAAAAUUACCAUUAGGUUUAACAGUCCAACCAUUUGCAAAAUUAAUUCCCGAUGAACCAAUCCCGCUUGUAGGUAAUGCAUCCAGUUCUGAAAUUCCCCCAUUACGUUGUAAACGUUGUCGUGCCUACGCUAAUCCUGGGUUCCAUUUCCAAUAUGACAGUAAAGUAGUUUGUAACAUUUGCAAAGUUGAAAUGCAAAUUCCUAACGAACAUAUCUUAAAUGCUGAAGGAUUGAGAGUCGAUUUCAAUACUAGUAUUGAAUUAGCUAGAGGCGCUGUUGAUUUCUUGGCUCCAAAAAGUUACAAUGCUACUGAUGCUGCUCCCCUUCCUUUACAUUACGCUUUCCUUAUUGACGUUUCCACUCAUGCUAAUGAAAAUGGUAGCUCCUUAGCUGUCUUGGAAGCUGUAAGAGAAACUAUAGAAUAUAUUAGAGAAAAUCAAACCGAAUGUAAGAUUGGUAUUAUUGCUUAUGAUAAUAAAUUAAGAUUUUAUAAUCUAAGAUCUGAAUUACAAUUAGCUCAAGAGUACAUCGUGACAGAAUUAGAUGAUUGCUUCCUACCAUUUUAUGAAGGUUUAUUCGUUAAACCUGAAAAUUCAAUGACUGUCAUUAAUGACACGUUAGCGAAAAUUGGAGAUUUUAUUCGUAACGAUAAAUAUAAUCAUUCUCCAUAUAAUUGUUAUGGUUCCGCAUUACAAGCUGCUCAAUUAGCAUUAAAUAUAGUGACAGGGAGACAAGGUGGUAAAAUUAUUGCAUCAUUGAAUUCUUUACCAAAUAUUGGCAAUGGUAAUCUAUAUAUAAGAAAGGAUGAUGCAACUAAACGUACUUUGAAAUGUGACAAUGAGUUUUAUGUGAAAUUAUCAGAAAAAUUAUUAAGAUCUUAUAUCUCUGUUGAUUUGUUUGUCACUUCCAGUGCAUUCGUUGAAAUGGUAAGCGUUGGACGUCCAGUCUUAGUCACUAAUGGUAUUUUGAAAUAUUAUCCACAGUUCCGUGGUGACGCAUACUCCACUGCUGUUGCUGCAGAUAUGGUUCAAAAUGUCUCUAAUAUUAUUGGUUAUCAAGCUUUAAUGAAAGUUCGUUGUUCAGCUGGGUUAUCCGUAAAUCAAUAUUAUUCCGAAUCAGUUGAUUAUACAGACCGUGAUCCAAUGAUUCCAGUCCUAACAAGGGACACAACUAUUGAUGUAUUAUUGAAAUAUGACGAAAAAUUAAAAGUUGGAACAGACAUGUCUUUCCAAACAGCUGUAUUGUACACUGAUUUGAAUGGUAUUAGAAAAAUUCGUUCCAUUAAUUGCACAGGUGGCGUCUCCAAUAACAUCCGUGAAGUAUUCAAAUUUAUUGAUCAAAACUCUGUUAUGAGAAUUAUGAUAAACGAUAUCUUGAGAACGCUUGGUGAUUGUGAUUUCCCAAAAAUAAGACAGAUUAUCGAUGAUAAGAUUGUUGAUAUUUUGACACAAUAUCGAGGGUUAGUCAAUGGUAAUUCUGCAUCACAAUUAGUUUUACCAGAUUCAUUAAAAACUUUACCUACAUACAUGUUAUGCUUUGAGAAAAGUGAAUUAAUGAAACCAAAUAAUCAAAGUACUCGCGGUAAUAACCGUAUUAAUGACUUAAUGAAAUAUUCGACUUUAAAUAGUGCCCAAUUAUCAUUCAAAUUAUAUCCUCAAAUUAUCCCAUUCCAUGUUUUACUCGAAGAAACUGAUUUAACAUUUUACGAUGCUAACGAUAAAUUAUUACAAAUACAACCAACUUCCAAAGAUAGUUUAUCUGUUCUUGAUGGGUUUGGGAAUUUGUUAGAUGGUGGAUGUUACUUUAUUUUUGAUGGGGAAACAGUAUACCUAUGGUUUAACCAUAAUACUAACAAGAUGCUACUGGAAGACUUAUUAGGUGUGGAUCCAACAUUAAAUAUCAAUCAAAUAACGUUGUUCGGUGGUUGUUUACCUGAAACAGGUACGGAAAUAAAUCAAAAGGCAUUCAACGUCAUCAAGAAUUGGUGUCAAAUAGUUGGUAAGACAUCAUUACCACUCGUAUUAUUAAGACCUGGUGUUGAUAAUUAUUGUUCCGAAGUCCUUGGUCAUGUUUUAGUGGAAGAUAAGACCGUCAAUAUGGUGGAUUCUACCUCUAAUUAUUUUAUUACACUACAUUCGAAGAUUCAGGCUAAAUUGAAUAAACAAGAUUUCAUCAAGAUCUCUACACCUACUACAAGGACUACUGAUACCCUUCAUCAAGAUUUUGUUCAAUUUUAA